AUGAUCGGGAGUGUGAUCAGAUUUGAUGCUGUGUCAGACAGAAUAUCUGUGCUGCGUCUAAAAGGCAAGUUCUGCAACUACUCUAUCAUAAAUGUCUACGCUCCAACAGAGAUGUCAGAAGACAGUAAAAAGGACGAGUUCUAUGACCAUCUAGAAGAGACAUAUGAUCAACUACCGAGUUUUGAUGCAAAACUAUUGAUUGGAGAUUUUAACGCACAAGUGGGAAGAGAAGCAGCUUUCAUGCCUACUAUUGGAAAACACAGCAAGCAUGCCACAACAAACGACAAUGGUCUGAGACUGAUAUCAUUUGCAACAGCAAGGGCGCUAGUAAUCAAGAGCACAAUGUUCCCUCAUAAAGAUAUCCACAAAGGUACCUGGAAGUCACCUGAUGGAAAAACAGUGAACCAGAUCGAUCAUGCCGUGAUAGAUGACAGACACAAAAGCACCAUACAGGACGUGCGUUCGUACAGAGGGCCUGACUGUGACAGCGAUCACUAUCUGCUUGGUAUCCAACUCAGGGCAAGGAUCACGGUAAAAAGAAGGAAUAACACCAGAAAAGAGGAGCCGAUUAACUUAGACAACCUAAGAGACCCAGAUAUAAGAGAAAAGUUUCGAUUAGAGUUGAAUAACAGGUUUAACCAGCUCACGGUUGACGCGGAUAUUGACAAUCACUGGGAUAGUGUGAAACACACAGUAAAAACAACAGCUGUUAAAGUACUGGGAAGAAAAAGAAACACCAAAAGAAGAAAGUGGUGGAAUCAGGACUGCGAAGAGAUUGUCAAGGAAAGGCGGAAAUGUAAAAUCCAGGCUGAGAAUAACGAGGAAUGGGUUGCCAAAUAUAAGAAGGUCCAAACGGAAGCUAGUACGAUCAUUAAGAGAGCCAAAAGACAGCAUCUGGACAACAUCGUAAGAGGGAUGGAGACACUCCUCAGAGCUAACGAGUCACGGAAAUUCUAUAAGGAAGUAAGCUCCUGCAAGAAAGGCUACCAACCCACGGCUCAGUUCCUUGAAGACGAUGAUGGAAACCUGAUAUCGGACAGAGAUACUAUCAUGACCUGCUGGCGCGACUAUUUCCAGCAACUGCUCAACUGCCAACCACUCGAGGAACAAGUACCCCGCUCUAUGGAACACAAUAGCGAAAUCGUGGAACCCCCGACCUUUGAAGAAGUUCGUGAAGCCAUAAUGAGACUCAAAAACCACAAAGCACCGGGCAUUGACGAUUUACCCUCCGAAUUGUGGAAAUACGGCGGGGGUCGAGUACAGUCGGAACUAUUCCAGUUACUGUGCAAGAUCUGGGAAGAGGAAAAGCAGCCAAAGGAAUGGAACCUAGGAGUGAUCUGCCCCCUUAUGGAGAAGAAAUGGGAAUACGCGCAGAGCAUCCAUUCACUUUUCGUGGACUUUACUAAGGCGUACGACAGCAUUGAUCGAGAAGCGCUGUUCACUAUCCUACGCAACUUUAAAAUACCGGCAAAAAUAGUGAGCAUGGUUGAGGUUGCCACAAAGGAGAGUAGGAUGAAGGUUCGUGUUGGAGGAGAACUGACGGAUGAGUUCGCGGUGGUCACCGGUCUAAAGCAGGGGGAUGCCCUAUCGCCUAUGCUUUUCAACCUAGCCCUGGAGCAUGUUCUCAGAGGAGUUUUAGAACUUGACUUCGGGCUACAACUCAAUGGAAAGCACAAGGUGGUUGGCUAUGCCGAUGACCUAGCGGUGCUGGGCAAAACAGCUGAAGAGGUUCGGAAAGCUGCGAAACUCCUUGAUACAGAAGCCGGAAAAAUUGGUUUAAGAAUAAACUGCGGAAAAUCCGAAUAUCUCCACAUGAAGCGCUACAAGGACAAGUCCGUUCGCAGACAAGACCUGCAUGUUGGAGAUGUGACGUACAAAGGGGUCUCCCGGUUUAAAUACCUAGGUUGCACUGUCACGGAUACGAACACUCGCGACGAGGAAAUCGAUACCCGCAUCCAAAGCUUCCUGCGCUGCAGUGCCGCUUUGCAUAAAGUGUUGACGUCUAGGCUUCUGAGCAGAAACACCAAACUCAGAAUUUACAAAACGGUAAUAAGACCGAUACUGAUGUACGGGUGUGAGGCCUGGACGUUAACGCAGAAAGAAGAGAGCAAACUGCUGGUGGCGGAACGGAAGGUCCUAAGGAAGAUCUUUGGCCCAAGACAGAGACCCGAUGGAAGCUGGAGAGUCCUGAAAAACGCCGAACUGGAAGAUCUGAUGGCGGGGGCUAACAUAGUGGGAGAAACAAAAGCCCACAGACUUCGCUGGCUAGGCCAUCUCCAGAGAAUGGGAAAAGAUCGUAGCGCAAAAAGAGCCUACAUGGGCCGUCCGACGGGGCGCCGACCGGUGGGCCGGCCCAGGUACCGCUGGAGUGACGCGGUGGAGGCGGACCUGCGCGAGCUACAAGUCGUUGACUGGCGGGAGACUGCACUGGACCGUCAGAAGUGGCGAUCUCUUGUAUCGGAGGCCAAGACUCACUUUGGGUCGCUGAGCCAGCGGAAUUCCGUCAGAGUCUAA